AUGGCCUGCCGUGGGGAGGAUAGCGUGGCCCCCGUGGUACUUCUGGAGUCCCCUGGAGUUUCCAGUAAGGGCUUGCAAAGGAAGGGGCCCAGUGAGCGGCGCCGGCUGAAGGCGAUGGUGUCGGAGCAGCUCAGCCAGGAUCUGCUCAGGCUUCUAAGAGAAGAAGUCCAUACAGAUGUUACUUUCUCAAUAGGUUGUACUUUGUUCAAAGCACACAAAGCAGUCCUUUUAGCAAGGGUUCCUGAUUUCUAUUUUCAUACUGUUGGACAUACAAAUAACUUAACAAAUCAUGAACCUGUUGCUGUGGAGAACUUUGAAGCUUCAGAAUUUAGAAUAUUUUUACAGACUGUAUACUCAUCAAACAGAAACAUAAAAAACUAUGAAGAGGGAAUUCUCAGGAAAAAGAUAGUGGAGAGUGGAGUACCACAAAAGAAAUGUGACUUCAGUGUUGGAAAGUGUACUGACAAUGAUGGAAGGUCAUCUGUAGGUAAAAGGUCAUCUGAUCAUUCUUUUAUGAAGCAUGAAAUUCCAGAAGAUAACAAUAAAGAGGACAUUCCAGAAGAUAACAACAAGGAGGACAAUUUAAUUUCCACUGAUAUUUAUGACUUGGAACCUGCAUCUGAAUUAGGAGAAGAUUUAUUGAAGCUUUAUGUGAAACAGUGUUGCCCAGAUAUUGAUAUUUAUGUUGAUGGAAAAAGUUUUAAAGCUCACAGAGCCAUUUUAAGUGCAAGAUCUAGUUAUUUUGCUGCGAUGCUGAGUGGCUGUUGGGCUGAAAGCUCCCGAGAGUACAUUACUCUUCAAGGGAUAAGCCAUGUAGAAAUGAAUGUUUUGAUACAUUUUAUAUAUGGAGGAACUUUGGACUUUCCAGACAAAGCUAAUGUUGGGCACAUACUCAAUAUGGCUGAUAUGUAUGGACUAGAAGGAUUAAAAGAAGUAGCAAUCUAUAUUUUAAGAAGAGAUUACUGUAAUUUCUUUCAAAAGCCUGUUCCCAGAAGGUUGGCAUCUAUAUUAGAAUGCCUGAUUAUUGCUCAUUCAGUUGGAGUGGAAAGUCUUUUUGCUGACUGCAUGAAGUGGAUUGUAAAGCAUUUUGCAAGGUUUUGGUCUGAGAGAAGCUUUGCAAAUGUACCUCCUGAGAUUCAGAAAAGUUGUCUUAAUAUGUUGAUUCAGUCUUUAAAUGAUAAGAAUGCUGCUUUUCUUCUGAUGGAAAGUGACAGGCUAAUCAUCAGUUUACCCAGAGUGAAGUGGACAGAAGCAGCACUGACCAUGGCAUCUCAGCUUCAAGAAGAAUGUAUUGCAUAUAUUAUAGAAAACUUCUCCAAGAUCAUUCAAAGUGAAAAUUUUGCUCUCCUCUUACAGUCACAAGCAAUGAGUAGCACAUCUGAUCUGCUGGACAAAAUUUUAAAAGCAAUUGAAGAAAACAUUACCACGGAGAAUAGUUGCUCUCUUCUUACAGCUCUGGACACGUUACUGAACUCUGACAGUACAAAGGAAAUGGGUUUUACGUGCAAGAUCCAGGCUCUGCGUGAUAAGCUGUGGAUCUUCCUGGUUCAGUCUUUCUAUGCUGUUCGUCACACAGAAAACUGGAAGCUGAUGAGCACAGAUGAUCAACAGAAAAUCCAAGCAGCUGCAUUUGACAAAGGUGAUGACCGAAGAGUUGGCAAAAAGCCUAUAUUCAGCAGCUCUCAGCAAAGGAGACAAGUUUCUGACCCUGGUGCUAUAAAAAACAAAUCUUGGAGAGAAAGUAACAAGAAAGAGUAUUGGAGUUGUCCCUCUACGAAUCAAAAGAUGAAAUCUGAUGGAUUAGGAGCGUCUGGACAUUCAUCAAGUACUAAUAGAAAUUCUAUAAAUAAAACUUUGAAGCAUGAUGAUUUAAAGGAAAAGGAUGGUACAAAAACCGCAUCCAAGAGUACAAAAGAAUUAAAAACUGUGGGAAAAAAUGUUUCUGGAAAGCCCAAACCUAUAAUAAAGCCCAAAACAGAAAACGGUGAUAAUGCAAAGUCAGCAAACAUGUCACCUAGACAAGUUGUGGAAAGAUCAGCAGCAGCAGCAGCAAAUGGACAGAAAAAUUCAGUAAAUGGAAAAGGAGUGAGAAAUCAGGAAGGUCAAAUUACAGGUGCCAGACCCAAGGUACUCACUGGGAACUUAAACGUGCAUGCCAAAGCAAAGCCUUUGAAGAAAGUGACAGGCAAAGAUUCUCCAUGCCUCAGGAUUUCAGGGCCCUCCAGCAGAUCUACAAAUUCAAGUAUGGAAUUACUGACUUCCACUGACUGUCUGGAUGAACCAAAAGAAAAUGGGUCAAUAAAAGAGAAGCCUUCUGGUCAUAAAUUUUCCCUUUGUGACUCUCCAGGACAGACUGUGAAAAACAGUGUAGAAAGUAUCAAAACUUCCACUGUAGCAGUAAAAUCUCGACCUGUUUCAAAAGUUACCAAUGGAACUUCCAAUAAAAAAAGCAUUCAUGAACAAGAAACUAAUAUAAAUAACAGUGUGCUAAAGAAGGUCACCAGCAAAGGAUACAGUGAUCCAGUACCACAGGCAAUUUUAAAGAAAAGAGGAAAUGGCAAUGGAUGUGGUACAGCUCAGCAGAGGACAAAGAAUGCCACAGUUAAUCUUGCUAAAACUCAAGGAUCCCAAGGAGAGUCACCACAUUCAGUAAAAUCUUCAGGGUCUUCAAGGCAGUCUGAUGAAAAUGUGACAAAAUUGGACCACAGUGUAACUACAGAUAAACAAACACCUAAGAGAAAAAUUGUCAAGCAAGGACAAACAACAUUGCCUAAGAUUAGUGCAAAAAUAGUAGCAAUGCCUAAAAACCUAAAUCAAUCUAAGAAAGGUGAAACUUUGAAUAAUAAGGAUUCAAAACAGAAAACACUUCCUGGACAGGUUAUAUUGAAGACUCAGCCUUCUUCUCUGAGACCUUUAAAAAGUGAACCAUCUGUUGUCCAAAAAAGUGUGCUUCGUGAUGUAUGUGAUAAUAAUAACAAAGGCAAUGUUUCUGAACAGAAGCCUCAUGAACCUCUAAUUAAUCUCACAGCCGAAAUCAGUGAUACAGAAGCAUGUCAGUCACCAUGCAUACUUGACCCACAAAAGCCAUUAAACAAUCAAGAAAAAGAGAAGUUGGUGUUAGAAUGCCAAAAUAUUUCAAAUCUAGAUAAAUUAAUAAAACAUGAACUGGAAUCAAAACAGAUUUGUUCAGAUAAAAGUGAAACAAAUUUUUCUGGUCACAAAAAAACAGAUCAAUGCAACACAGUUAAAAUACAUUGUCAUUCUGAUGAGAGUGAUAAUGUAGAUCCAGAAUUUUAUAGCACCACUGCUCUAAAAUCCAUGAUUUCAAAUCCAAAUGAAAACUCUUUGAACUCUAAUCCAGUUUGUGACCUAGAUUCAACAAAUGUAGAGCAAGUCCAUUCAGUGUCAGAUAGGGAGAAGCAAGCAGGGAGAAAAGAUACAAACAAAAAAUUAAACAUUAAAUGUGUGAAAGAUGUUUUACCUUGUGUUCCUGAACAGACAAAUGGUACCUUAAAUUCUGGUCAAGAUGACAGAAAAUCUAGAAUUCAUGUGGAAGAACAGACAGUUCCCCAUCAGUUUUCUGAUGACUCUGCCAUGAAUGGAGACAAACAUGCUACAGUAGACUCAAAUACUUCCUCCAAGUGUUUUUUGGAACAAAUACCAGGGAAAAAUUCUCCUAAAGACAUGGAAACAACAGAAACUCCAGAGAGCCAUGAAACUCCAGAAGCUCCAUUCAUGAGUCACUGGAAUUUGAGUACCAGUGUUCUGCAUCAGAGAGAGAGUCCUGAAUCUGACAGUGGCAGUGCUACAACAUCCUCUGAUGACAUAAAGCCUAGAUCUGAAGACUAUGAUGCUGGAGGGUCUCAGGAUGAUGAUGGGUCAAAUGACAGGGGUAUUUCUAAAUGUGGCACUAUGCUGUGCCAUGAUUUUCUUGGAAGAAGUAGCAGUGACACCAGUACUCCUGAAGAAUUAAAAAUAUAUGAUAGUAACUUAAGAAUUGAAGUGAAAAUGAAAAAGCAAAGUAGUAAUGAUCUUUUCCAAGUUAAUUCGACAAGUGAUGAUGAGAUUCCUAGGAAAAGGCCAGAAAUUUGGUCUCGAUCUACAAGAGUCCACCCUAGGGAAAAAGAAAAUAUUCCACGAGGCAGUAUCCAGUUUGCUCAGGAAGUAGAUCAGGUUUCUUCCUCAGCAGAUGAAACAGAAGAUGAAAGGUCUGAAGCUGAAAAUGUUGCAGAAAAUUUCUCUACAUCUAACCCAGCUCUUCAGCAGUUUCAGGGAAUAAUUAAUUUAGCUUUUGAAGAUGCAACUGAAAAUGAAAGUCACGAGUUUCGUGCAACUAAAAAUUUUAAAAGGUCAGUUUUACUUUCGGUAGAUGAAUGUGAAGAACUAGGAUCUGAUGAAGGGGAAGUCCAUGCUCCCUUUCAGCCUUCUGUAGAUUCGCCUUCACCUUCUGAUGUUUUUGAUGGUGUUUCUCAUGAACAUCACGGAAGGGUCUGCUACUCCAGAUACUCACAAGGAAGUAAAGGUAGUAUUUUAGAAUGUAGACAAGAGAAAGCCAAUAGUGCAUAUAAAAACAAAAGCUCUCCCUUGGGUCUUAGUAGCAUUGACUCUUCAAGAAAAGAUAAACAGAGUGCUUCAGCCACAGAAAAAAAGAGCACAACAGAUGUCCUGUCCAGAGGAGGCAGACAGCUUCCUCCAGAAGAUAAAAAAGUAAACAGUGGAAGCAAUGUGGUUAAUGACUUUCAGCCACGCAGCAAACUUUCAGAUAGUGAUAUAAAAUCUCAAGAAAGACCAUGUCAUCUGGAACUUCAUCAAAGAGACCCCAAUUCUGACAUACCAAAGAACAGCUCUACAAAAUCUCUGGACUCUUAUUGGAGUCAAGUUCUGCCUCCAGAAGGUCAAGUGAAAGAGAGCCAUUCUGCAGCUACCAAGAAAGCUAAUAUUGCUUUAUCUGCAGGAGACAUAGAUGAUUGUGACACAGUGGCACAAAACUACAUGUAUGACCAUCGGCCUUCAAAAACCCUCUCUCCAAUAUAUGAAAUGGAUGUAACAGAAGCAUUUGAGCAGAAAAUGGAAUCAGAAACACAUGUUACAGACAUGGAUUUUGAAGAUGAGCAACACUUUGCAAAACAAGAUUGGACGCUAUUAAAGCAACUGCUCUCUGAAGAGGAUUCAAACUUAAAUAUUACAAAUUCUAUUCCUGAAGACUUAAAUUUAGCACAGUAUCUAAUCAAUCAGACACUACUUUUAGCACGAGACAGCUCAAAACCUCAGGGUAAAGCACAUGUUGACACUUUAAACAGAUGGAGUGAACUAACAUCUCCAUUCGAUGAUUCCUCAGCAAGCAUCACCAUGGCUAGUUUUUCCUCUGAGGAUUGUUCACCCCAAGGGGAAUGGACAAUUCUGGAACUAGAAACUCAGCAUUAAGAGUAUUAACACUUUGGAAAAUGUUAAACUAUGCCACCCCUUUAUUUUUUUGAUGCUUAUAUUAUAUCCAAGUGAUAAUUGCAUUAGCCUAUUAGACUAUCCUUAAUAUUGAGGAAGUCUUUCCAAUUUACUGAAGUAAACAUAGUUUGUUUAUUAAUAUAUCACAUGUAGAAAAAAGUGUUUUUCUAAAAAUCUUGAGCAUGUUUUCUAUAAUUAUUAGAGAAAUUAGAAGACUUGUAAGGAAACCCUUGCUUUAGUUUUCCUUUCCUAACUGAUCAUUCAUUUACUUGUUUAUCAUUCAAUAAUUUAAAAUGUGAAUGCACAAGUAGAACAGUCCCUUUACUUUUUGCUCUGCAUAUG